AUGGAUUAUACAUUAUUUCCAACCAUACCUGUAUACUUAGAACGACCAAGUUUAGAUCAAAGUUGGGGUUUUCGUCUUCAAGGUGGCACUGACUAUAGAAUGCCAUUAUCGAUUAAAAAGGUAGUAUCUAAUUCACCUUCACACAAUAAAGUUUAUCCAGGUGAUGGUAUUGCUUCUAUUGAUGGACAAGAUGCACAAUCAAUGACACAUGAAGAUGCCGAAAAUAUAAUUCGUAAUUCAUUACGUUUACAACUUGUUCUUCAACGAGGUCAACUAAAUACAAUUCGUCCAUCAAAACCAUCGGUUAAAUUCGGUCCUGGACCAGCUACACAUGUCAAUUCAGCAUUAAAUAAUUCAACAACACCAAAUAAUUAUCGUCGUUUUUAA